CGCCGACGCGCAGCCUGCGUUGCAUCGCAUCGCCUCCUCUUCGCCCGUCUUCAUCGCGCCCUCACAUGUGCUGGCUCGGGGGCAUCGAGCGGCAGUUGUUCGUCGCUCUUCUCCUCGCCAUCGCCUUCCGCGCGGUGUCUGGGGGCAGCCACGUGCUCACCGCCGUUAGGUUCGUGCAUCGUAGGACUCGCGAACCACCCCAGAGCAGCCUGCAGGGCCUGGCGUGGCGGCGGAGAGAGGAGACCUGACGGGACGAGCGUGGAAGCGCAAGACGCUCCGAGCACGGAUGUCUUCUAGGCUACUUUCCUCGAAGUAGUGACUCGGUCUGGUACGCGAGUGACAGCUUUCCCCUGCCGCGUGGGAAGCAGGUUACCUUUUGUAUUCCCUCGUUCACAAAAACGAAGUAAAGCGCAGAGUUUCCGUAUGAAGCGGGCGGAGAGACUGGGAAGACGGAUCAAUUCGUUGUUCGAGUCGAGCAGAAAGGGACUGGUAGCGGCCCUCUGCUCCUUGUGAAGAAAAUGCCAGGAAAGCUGUACAGCCCAGCGGAUACACUAACGUGGAUGAAUACGAUGAUGAACUCCUAAAAGGAAAUAUUAAAACAUCUGUUCUCCAGAACACAUGUGGCACAUAUUACUUGAUGCACCUUUUCCCCAAACUGAGUUCCUUGGGCUUGCCGGGGCAGCCUCGUACACGGAUCGCGAGAGGCAGAGACAGACGAGGCCAGUUAGAUAAUAGAGUCCGUUCCCGAGAAUAGUUGAUGAACAGAUAUGAAAUCUCUUCUCAGCCUUGCGUACAGGAAACAUGGAAAAUAAUCUGUGGCCCAGGCAAAUCCUGCGAAGUAUUUCAAUACGAUACCCUAUGUUCAAGCACUUCAUUUAAUCACCUAUUCAAGCUCUUCCAAUAAAGCAGAUCUUCCAAAGUGACUUGGUAUCUACGCAGGAAGCUUUCCACAGCACACGAACAUUUAAUCUCUAAAUCUAGCACAACGAUGCAUUAGACGAAGCCAGGCUGGUGCAGAAAUUUCAUACUGAAGGAUGAAUAGUGAAGAAGAGUUUUAUGAUGCCGUUACGGGCUUUGAUUCUGACAAUUCUUCGGGGGACUUUUCAGAAGCAAAUCAUAAAGUUGCAGAAAUGAUUGACCGGGAUUCCCACCAAAGCAGUAGGACUGGGAAACCUAAUGGAGAGGCGCAGCAUCAAGAGAAUGGAAUUAAGGAACACAGAACUUCAUUGCCCGCCCCAAUGUUUUCUAGAAGUGAUUUUAGUGUGUGGAGUAUAUUAAAAAAAUGCAUUGGCCUGGAGCUGUCUAAAAUUACAAUGCCCAUUGUCUUCAAUGAGCCCUUGAGCUUCCUCCAGCGAAUAACAGAAUACAUGGAACACAUAUACCUCAUCCAUAAAGCUUGCAGUCACACGAUCCCCCUGGAAAGAAUGCAGGCUGUGGCUGCUUUUGCAGUGUCUGCUGUAGCUUCUCAGUGGGAGAGAACUGGCAAACCAUUUAACCCUUUGCUAGGAGAAACCUAUGAGCUUACCAGGGAGGAUUUAGGCUUUAGGCUGAUAUCUGAACAGGUCAGUCACCACCCACCAGUUAGUGCAUUUUAUUCUGAAGGCCUCAAUAAGGACUUUAUUUUUCAUGGAUCAAUUUACCCUAAGCUAAAAUUCUGGGGGAAGAGUGUAGAAGCAGAGCCCCGGGGAACAAUAACUUUGGAGCUUCUAAAAUAUAAUGAAGCGUACACAUGGACAAAUCCAACCUGUUGUGUACAUAAUGUAAUUAUUGGUAAAUUGUGGAUAGAACAGUAUGGAACAGUAGAAAUCGUAAAUCACAGUACUGGAGAUAAAUGUAUCCUUCAUUUUAAACCAUGUGGACUGUUUGGAAAGGAGCUUCACAGAGUAGAGGGAUACGUUCAGGACAAAAACAAAAAGAAGCUCUCUGUGAUCUAUGGUAAAUGGACAGAAUGCUUAUGGUGUAUUGAUCCUACCAUGUACGAAACCUUUAAAAAGAAUGAAAAGAAAGGUGGAGACCAGAAGAAAUUGAAACCGAGUGAAGAUGCUAUUAAAUCUGAGAAUGAUGAGGCUGAUGAUAUGCCAGAGAUCCAAGAGACGGUACAAGUUAUGCCAGGCAGUAAGCUACUGUGGAGGAUAAGUUCUAGACCUCCAAACUCCUCACAGAUGUACAAUUUCACCAGUUUUGCUGUAAGUCUCAAUGAGCUGGAAAAGGGUAUGGAAGCAAUAUUAGCUCCCACUGACUGUCGGCUGCGGCCAGAUAUCAGGAGCAUGGAAAAUGGUGACCUGGAUCUGGCCAGCAAGGAGAAGGAGAGAUUAGAAGAGAAACAAAGAGCUGCUCGCAAGGAGCGUGCAAAAGAUGAAGCAGAAUGGCAGACGAGAUGGUUUCAACAACGCACUAACCCAUAUACAGGGACUUCAGACUGGUUAUAUUCAGGUGGCUACUUUGAUAGAAAUUUCUCAGACUGUCCAGAUAUAUACUGAAAAUUCUGAACCUAUCACUCCAUCUCAUCUGGACAUCUAAUUCUUAGAAUUCACUCUAAGCCAGUUACUCUGGUUUUGUUAGUAGCCAAAACCAGCUUUUUCUAAAGUAAAUUUUAAUGAAAAUUGUAUCAUUCACCAAUCAAGGAUUUAAUUGUCAUUAAUUUUUGACUGCCAAAUAUUUAAAUGCUGUUAUGUUCCCUCCAUAAAGCUGCACUUAAAUCA